AUGGCUCUGAGAUUACUGAGUAAAUUGAAUGUGCGGCCUGAGCUCCGUGGUGUCGUAAACCUUAGUUCUGCAGCGGCACCAGCGACGUUAUCAGAUUUCGAUGUGCAACACAAAACUCCUGUGGUGAGGAAGCAGCACCUCGUCCCGAAGGCUCACUAUGGAGGCCGUCACGCAGUUACCAUGCUCCCAGGAGGAGGAAUCGGUCCAGAGUGCAUGGGAUACGUCAGAGACAUUUUUAAAUACAUCGGAGCUCCAGUAGACUUUGAGGUAGUGGACAUUGAUCCCAAUGUGGACAACGAUGAGGAUGUGCAGUACGCCAUCACCACUAUCAAGAGGAACGGUGUUUGUCUUAAGGGUAACAUCGAGACCAAGAGUGAAGCCGCCUACGUGACAUCCCGUAACAUUGCACUCCGCAACUCUUUGGACCUGUACGCGUAUGUGCUGCACUGCAAGUCCUUCCCCGGUAUCACUACCAGGCAUAAAGAUAUUGAUAUACAUAUUAUCAGACAGAACACAGAAGGUGAAUACGCCAUGUUGGAGCACGAGUCCGUACAGGGUGUGAUCGAGUCCAUGAAGGUGGUCACUGCCAGUAACUCGGAGAGGGUGGCACGGUUCGCUUUCGAGUUCGCCAAGAGGAAUAAUCGGAAGAAGGUGACAACAGUCCACAAAGCCAAUAUAAUGAAGCUGUCCGACGGUCUGUUCCUGGAAACAUCGCGCCGCCUCGCCAAGGAGUACCCGGACAUUGAACACAAUGAUAUGAUCAUUGAUAACUGCUGCAUGCAGCUUGUCUCCAAGCCUCACCAGUUCGACGUGAUGUUAAUGACCAACUUGUACGGUUCCAUCGUGUCCAACGUCGUCUGCGGCAUCCUCGGCGGCGCCGGGCUACAUUCAGGCAGGAACUACGGCGACCACUACGCUGUCUUCGAACCUGGCACCAGGAAUACUGGAACUGCCAUAGCCGGCAAGAACAUAGCAAACCCUAUAGCCAUGAUCAACGCUUCAGUAGACAUGCUGGAACACCUCGGUCACCACUUCCACGCUGACUUGAUCAAGGCAGCCAUUGCUAAGACCAUCAAUGAAGACCACAUCAUGACUCCGGACCUUGGAGGAACAGCCUCAUCAACGGAUGUCGUCAAAGCCAUCAUCGAAAACAUCGACAUGUGCAUAAAGAACAAAGUGUCGUUCCAUUGA